UGUUCCCGGCCGGUUACUUCACUUCAUAGCGUGCCACUUCCUCAGCUACGUUGUUCCUGCACUCUGUAGUCUUUUCGCGCAUCACUAAGGUGUUCUCCUACUUAACACACGUUUGAAAACUGAACUGACAAUAAAAAAGCAAAAAUGCUGAUUUUCCAGCAGAGAUACAACUACACUACACACAUGCAUGCUACAUUUUCAUCCAGCUCGCAUCCAGCCCGUUAUUCCCUCUCAACUCCAGCAAGGCAGGAAAUAUUCACAAAUUAAAUGCAUGGCUAGAAUGCACUAUAAAUACACACACAUUCAUUUCCCCAACACGCGCUGCAUCAAGCAGGACGGCCGAUCACCACGUUUACCUCGAUCAUGUCGCAUAUCGUGAUGGCACGGUGCGUAGCUUCUUCCCUCACAACCACACCACUGCUCCCGAAGCCGCCGCCGCCGCCGCCAUCGCGACCUCGCACUGCUCUACUCACCACCCACCCAUGCAAGCCAGCAACCCUAAACCCCAUCCAACGCCUCCUCGCCGCGGCCCUCGACGUCGUAGAAGACCGUGUCCUCUCCCCGCUCGAGUCGAAGAGGGCGCUUCCAUGGUGCGUCGACCCGGCGGUACAGCUCGCCGGCAACUUUGCUCCCGUGUUCGAGUCGCCAUCGCCGGUGAGAGACCUACGUGUCACCGGGGAGAUACCUCCGGCCCUGGUGGGCGGAGUCUACAUCAGGAACGGUGCGAACCCGUUGCUGCCGCCCCAGGCCGGGCACCACCUCUUCGACGGCGACGGGAUGCUCCACGCGGUGGCGUUUACUUCGUCGGCGACGGGCGGCGCGGCGCCGUCGUACGCGGCGCGGUUCACGCGCACCAACCGGCUCGUACAGGAGGCCGCGCUGGGGCGGUGCGCGUUCCCCAAGGCCAUUGGCGAGCUCCACGGGCACACGGGGCUCGCCCGGCUCAUGCUGCUCGGCCUCCGCGCGGCUGCCGGAGUGAUCGACACGAGCCGCGGCGCCGGCGCCGCCAACGCCGGGCUCGUCUACUUCGACGGCAGGCUCCUCGCGCUGUCCGAGGACGACCUGCCGUACCACGUGCACAUCGGCCCUGACCACGGCGACCUCACCACCGUCGGCCGGUUCGACUUCGCCGGGCAGCUGCGGACGCCGAUGAUCGCGCACCCCAAGGUCGACCCCGUCACCGGCGAGCUCUUCGCGCUGAGCUACGACGUCGCCCGGAGACCGUAUCUCAGGUACUUCCACGUGGACCCCGCCACCGGGGAGAAGUCCCCCGACGUGGCGGUGGAGCUCCGGCGGCCGACGAUGGUGCACGACUUCGCCGUCACCGAGAGCUACGCCGUCGUCCCCGACCAGCAGGUGGUGUUCGACCUGUGGCGCAUGCUACGUGGCGGCUCCCCCGUCGUGUACGACAACGGCAAGGCCUCCCGCUUCGGCCUCCUCCCACGAUACGACCGUGACGGCUCCAGGAUGCGGUGGUUCGACGUGCCGGACUGCUUCUGCUUCCACAUCUGGAACGCAUGGGAGGACGCCGAUGCCGUCGUGAUCAUCUGCUCCUGCAUGACGCCGCCGGACGCGCUGUUCUCCGACGGCGGCGGGGGUGCGGAUAGCGUUCGCGCCACCCUUUCGGAGAUCCGGCUGGACCUCGUAACGGGGCAAUCGUGCCGGCGGGAGAUCGCGCCGGGGCUCAACCUCGAGGCCGGCACGGUGAACCGGUCCCGGCUGGGCCGGAGGACCCGGUACGCGUACCUCGCCGUGGCCGAGCCGUGGCCGCGGUGUCGCGGCGUGGCCAAGGUGGAUCUGGGCACGGGGGAGCUAGCCGUGCGUGAGUUCGGCGCCGGCCGGUUCGGCGGCGAGCCGGCGUUCGUGCCGGCGGCUGGCGCGUCGUCGUCAGAGGAGGAGGAAGAUGAGGGGCACGUGGUGGUGCUUGUUCAUGACGAGGCGGCGGGCGCGUCGGAGCUGGUGGUGAUGGACGCGCGCAGCAUGGAGGUGGCAGCGACGGUGGCGCUGCCGUGCCGGGUGCCGUAUGGCUUCCACGGCGUGUUCGUCACACGGGAGCAGCUCGCCGCGCAGAGGGCAGCUUGCCUUGCUUGCUAGUGGGAGAGAAUAUGAUUGCUAUGCUCCAGAUAUUUGUGCCGA